GAGAGCGCGUUCGGCCCGCAGCCCCGCUCUGCUCCUCUGAGGAAGUUCUCCCGCGCGGCGGAUGCGGCAGCCCCGCUCUCCUGCCCCGACCUGUCCCGUCCCUGCGCAUCCCGGAGCUCCGCGACUGCGCGUCCUCCCCACACCGGGCGCUGCGCAGUCUGUCAGAAGUGGUCCUGAGACUUGGUGACUGUUGACUAGUUAGUACCUGAGGCCCAGAGAACCACAGUGACUUGUUCAAGGUUCAAAGUCAGGACAGUGCCCGGACUGGAGCUCGAGUCUUCUAGCCCCGUGAAGUGCUUGGCGAGGAUCACCACCUUCCUGUGGGAAGGACCUGAGAGCCCUGUACUCUGCCUCACUACUGGCAAAGGUUAAAGGAGAUGAAGAAAUGAUACCCUGAAGGAUGGGGUGGGGGCUGGGCUCAGGUCUGCUUGUGAAGAACUGCUGCUAGCCUGUGUGUUCUGGAUCUUCUCCCUAUACCAUGAGAUCACCCGAGUUAUGGCAGAACUCACUUUGUAGACCUGGCUGGCCUGGAAUACUGGGAUUGUGGGAUUAAAGGUGUGGUUGCUACUGCUGUCUGACCCGUGACCUUGAAAGCAGUGGGGUUCCAGGUGAGGUGACCUGAGCUGGCUGUGGGCCUUCCCACAGGACUGGUCAAUGUCACUCCAGGGCCUGACGAUGAAGUGGACCUUGCUGGGCUGGCCCCUGUCUUGCCUCUUUGUGCUGCUGCCCUGGCCUCUGGCCACUCCAACAUCAAUAACUCCUUGGCUGUGUCCACCGGGCAAGGAACCUGAUCUGGACCCAGGGCAGGGCACAUUAUGCCGAACCUGCCCCCCAGGCACCUUCUCAGUCUUAUGGGACUCCCAUCCAUGCCAGCCUCAUUACCGCUGCAGCCUUCGAAGGAGGUUGGAGGCCCAGGCUGGCACAUCAACUCAUGAUACAGUGUGUGGAGACUGCCAGCCUGGAUGGUUUGGGUCUCAGGGAGUCCCUCAUGUUCCAUGUCAGCCAUGCUCCAAGGCCCCUCCAAAUACUGGUGACUGUGAUGAAUCAGGGCGACGGGCCCGGCGUGGUGUGGAAGUGGCAGCAGGUACCGGUAGCAGCAGUGAGCCUCGGCAGUCUGGGAAUGGCACUCGGGCAGGCGGCCCUGAGGAGACAGCUGCCCAGUAUGCCGUGAUUGCCAUCGUACCUGUCUUUUGCCUCAUGGGGCUUCUGGGGAUUCUGGUGUGCAACCUGCUCAAGCGGAAGGGCUACCACUGCACGGCCCACAAGGAAGUUGGGCCCAGCCCUGGAGGAGGAGGCAGUGGGAUCAAUCCCGCCUAUAGGACAGAGGACGCCAACGAGGACACCAUUGGAGUCCUGGUGCGCCUGAUCACAGAGAAAAAAGAGAACGCAGCAGCCCUGGAGGAGUUGUUGAAAGACUAUCACAGCAAACAGCUGGUCCAGACAAGUCACAGGCCUGUACCUAGGCUGCUGCCGGCCUCCCCCAGCAUGCCACACAUCUGUCCACAUCGCCACCACCUCCACACUGUGCAGGGCCUGGCCUCGCUCUCUGGCUCCUGCUGCUCCCGCUGUAGCCAGAAGAAGUGGCCAGAGGUGCUGCUGUCUCCUGAGGCAGCAGCUGCCGUCACUCCUGCCCCCACCCUCCUGUCCAACCCAUCCAGGGCUCCCAAAGCUAGUGCCAAGACAGGACGUCAGGGUGAGAUCACCAUCUUGUCUGUGGGCAGGUUUCGUGUGGCUCGCAUUCCUGAGCAGCGAACCAGUUUGUUGUCAUCUGAAGUGAAGACUAUCACGGAGUCUGGGCCUUCAGGGGGUGAUCUUCCUGACUCCCCACAGCCCAGUCUUCCCCCUGAGCAGCGGGCACUGCUGGGAAGUGGUGGGAGCCAUACUAAAUGGUUGAAGCCUCCAGUAGAAAACAAGGCAGAGGUAAGGGCUGGGGGGAAGUUUUCUGUUAGCACCUGGGUCAACCCUGACAGAACAAAGGCCCAGGGAGGCAGUAUGGGAAGCUCUGGGUAGAUACCACUUUUCUGAAGCCCAAAUGACUGUCUGACUUAGCUCUGACCCCUCAAUCCUGAUCCCCAGGAGAACCGCUAUGUGGUUCGGCUAAGUGAAAGCAGUUUGGUCAUCUGAUGGGCUGUCUAGAGUUAGACGUUCUGCCCUGCUCUGGGAGGUUCUGAAGGCUUUCUGCAGGAGAGAGAGCUGCAGCUGGGACCGAGGACCAAGAUGCAAAGGCCUAGCAGACAAAACAGCAAAGACCAAGGCCUGGAGGUGGGACUGUCUGCCCCACUGAGGAGGCAGCUCGCUGUGCAGCAACUGAGCAGGAGAUCAAGAGCCCAACCCAUUCCUGCAGCCCUAGUCAAUUCCCUGCAGGGUGCCCUAACCUGUGCCUGUCCUGAACACAUCAUAGGAGCCCUCUGUCUUCUAGGAGUCUGGUUUGGCAGAGGAGUGGUGUCUGUACCUGGUCCCCAGCUUGUGCCUUGGGAACUAGUCACUCUUGCCAUGUCCUGGAUCCUGGACAUGCCUCCCUCUCUUCUGGCAGGCCCUGUAAUGGGAAGGGGUAGCAAAGGGCCCUGUAUUGGUGGCAGAGUACCUAGGUUCCAGCUUUUCUAACUGAAGUGAAGGAGGAGAGCUCAGUGCCCAGGACCUUCCCAGUUCUCUACGGAAAGGUCCAGUUCUGUUGGGGAGCUGACUUUGCUACCCUCCUAUUAGUAGCUUUAUCUGGCCUGUUUUUGCUGCUUCCUGGACGUUGCCCUUCAAGGCUCCCAUUGGACUGUUAUGGCAAUGCCUACAGAAGGGGCUUACUGCAUGUGCCUGCCCUAACCCUGCUACUUUUAAAGAAACUGAAAAAUUACCUGACGUGCACAAGGCUCUGGUGCAGAGCCUCAGGCCACCCUGCCGCCUUCCAACUCUGAAGCUGCCCGGACAGGAAGAUGGCCGCCUAGAAAGUGCCUCUGGUCUGUGGUUUCCAUGCUCCUGUGGUAGUGUCUGCCUGCGUUUUUGGUAGCAGGGUAACUGCCAAUCCAGCCUCAGUCUCUGCUCUGACUCAGGGCCUGGUUAUUUAUGUGGGGCCGCGCAGGCGCGGGGCCCACUGUCCAUCCCGUCCCAUCUCUUAUUUAUUGAAACCUGCUACUGCCCUGUCCCUACAUCUCCAACCCCACACUUGAGUAAUAAAAGGUGGAAAGUGGUGGCAUGAGGCGCUUCCUUUCCCGGUUCCCACCUUGGAAUCUUGUUUGCUCACCUCAUGCUUCCAGGGGCCUGAGACAAUGUCCUUCCCUUCCUCAGCACUGUCCUCUGAAGGCAGGGCAAUGGGCAGAGGUGGCUUGUUUCAUUCUCACCAAGGUCCCCAAAGGCCGGGCUUCCCAAUAGAAAUACAGACUGAGCCAUGUGUGUGAUUGAAAGUGUUCUAAUAAGCAUUCCAAAAAGCUUUUUAAAAAGGUAAACUUAAUUUUAAUAUUUUUAACCCAGUAAAUCCAGAAUGUUUUCAUUGCAAUAUAAAAUAACUAUGAAAAUCA